AUGUAUGUACUGAUGGACCAGCUUGAUAGCUUGUCCAUUCAUCCAGUCAUUCUUCAUGCACUUGGGUUUUCCUGUGGAGUUUGCUGGAAUUCGCAGGCUGAGGCAGCGACUCCAUUUAACAUUCCUGAGACCGGUAGGUGGACCCGGUCUGGUCAUUGCCGACUUCAUAGGGACCUCGCUCCUUUCGGCUGGAAGAGGCCCGACCACAAUCGUCGGGCUUUCCUCGGGCGCGGAAGCACGUACUGCAGGGCUGACCUCUCCGAGCGCCCAACCGCCUCACCUGCCCCCGCCGCCCUGGUCGGCCCUACCGCGCGGCUUCUUCUCCGCCUCUGCAUCGUGGCUCCGUUGAGGAAGGCCUCUAGCCGAACGACCAAGAAGAACGCGGAGCGGGGGAGAAAGCUAGAUUCCUUCCUCAAGGAUUUUGACGGUGAAGUACAAAUUAGAUCGAAGCAAAUGCAGUCAGAUUCCCAGAACCUCAUCAAAGAAGUCGACAAUCUUUACAACAUUGAAAUCCUCCGGGUUCCCAAGGCUCAGAUGAAUUGGCUUAACUAUUUUGCCCUAGGAAGAAGCAAACAGGCCCUGGAAAAGGCAGCAACAGCUUACCUGGAUAUAGAGAUAAAUAAGCUGACAGCUGAAGCUAUUCAGACACCCUUGAAAGCCGUCCAAGCAAAGAAAGCAGCAAAAGUGGCUGAGAUGAUUAGAGAAGAAGAAGAAAUUGAAAAUAUUAAUCUUCAGACUACAAAGGCAAAGAAGUGUCCAACAACCAAGAAGAAGACUCAGUCCAUUCGAGCAAAUGGCAGGAACAAAAAGUCAAACCAAAAUAGUCUUCUUACUCCAGCCAUGGGCAGAUCAGAUUUCUCCAUAUUAGGACCAGCUCCAGGCAUGACACCCAGGUUUGAUUCCAGUAUCUUCAAGACCCCAGGCCUAUGCACCCCAGCCAGAGAAUGGAUUUACAACAUCUCUGUGAACGGCAGCCCCUUGGCUGAUAGCAAUGAGGUCUUCCUCACUGUGCCAGUCGGUGGAGGAGAGAGCAUGCACUUAUUGGCCAGUGAUUUACAAAAGAUGGAUCUGAAAAAAAAAAAAAAGAUGGAUCUGGCACAUCUGGAUCCAGAGGCCUUGGGAAACAUUAAGAACUUAUCUAAUAGACUUGCUCAGAUUUGUAGUAGCUUACAGACCCAAAAGUGA